GGUUUUGACUAUUUGGAUCUUACUGUUUGCUAAACAACAGUGUCUUAAUGCCCAACAGCUCCACGGUGAGCACGUACGCCGUGCCGUCCGAAAACCAGCUGGCACAUGGCGGCACUCUGUCGGAUGAAGCAGCUCGGGCCAGGCGGGUACAGCAGCAGGUGGCACAAAGACUGGCCGAAAAAUCCACCUUGCCCCGCCGGCCCGCCACGUCCUCCUCACACUACGCCUCCUCAGAUUAUGGAGGUUCUGCAACAAUGACCAAGUACAGCACCUACAAUCCCAGUUUCAGCUCAAAGUCCUAUAUGGUCUCCACCAACAGACCAAUGAUGGCUCAGCGCACAUCUCAGCAGGCCAGCAGUGGCUACUCAUCCCGCUCAGCAAUGGAUUUUGGCACAAGAGCUCAGAUCAGCCGAGGAGUCUCUCCUGGAAUGAUGUAUCACGAAGAUGCAAUGGCCGGAAUGGGUGGCGUUGGUGGCAUGUCCAGCAUGGGUGGUGGCUACCAAGGUGGCCAGACUCGGUAUCAGACGACUAUGUCCCAAAUGAGUCGGCCCAUAAGUCGAGGGGCUCCUGACCCAGAGACCCUUUCGCUGCAUUCACAGCGAAUGCAGACCAUGCCUCAGAAUCAAUUUUGGUUAACACGAAAUGGCAGCGAAGGAAGUCUGGGAUCAGACCAGGAAACCAACUUUGCAAGGCAAGAAGCAGCCUACACUAUAAGCAAUGGCUACGCUACCAGGUAUCCACAACAGGCCAUGUACUCCACCACCGGCAACGAGUUCAGCUCAGGAGUCUCACAGAUGGCAAUGACUCUUCCGGUCAUGAGAAAUUCCUUCAGCUCAUCACUGGCUCGUAACGGAAGUGGGAUGAACAUGGAUGAUGAGAUCUUAGUUCGUCAAGCAUACAAAGGUGUCAGUCCAUCACAGCGCACCAUCAGCAAGAUCACACAAGGUCGCCAGAAUCGCUAUUCCGUAUCAGGAGGAAGCUUGCAGGGUGGUGCUGCAGGAGGAAGCUUGCAGGGUGGUGCUGCAGGAGGAAGCUUUGUGAUGAGUGGAGCUGGCUCGCAGAGUAACUUGACUAUGAUGAAAGGAAGGAUGUCUCGUGCUCCAUCCAUGAGAAGUGUGGUCAGCGUGGGCAAAGGCAAGGAUGUGUUUGAUGGCGUUGAUAUGACAGACAGCAUGUACAAUCUAAACGGAAUUAAAGAUUUGGACCUCGCAACUGCAAUUAGGUAUCUGGAAUCAUCGAACAUAACAGAGCAGUCACAGGGCGCUGCUUUCAUCCAGCACGAGUGCUACCACAACAAAGACUCCAAGAGAAAAGUAAAGGAGAUGCAUGGUAUAGAGCCGCUGGUUCGCUUGUUUAACAGUGAGAGUCAGGAAGUGCAGAACUAUGCCACUGGAGCAGCCAGGAACCUUAUCUACGAGAACAUGGAAAAUAAGGUGGCUCUUAUCGAAGCUGGAGGAAUCCCCAAACUUAUGGAGGCCCUGAAAGAACCAGAUGACGAACUCCAAAAGAAUAUCACUGGAAUUCUGUGGAAUCUUUCCUCUAAGGACAACCUGAAAGAGAAACUAGCAAGGGAGACUCUUCCUAGGCUGACAGAAGAAAUACUGAUCCCUCUGUCAGGCACUGGAGAGAGAGAGAUCAUUGAGCACAACUCCUCAGAGGCAGACAUCUUCUUGAAUACCACCGGUUGCCUCAGGAACCUAAGUUCAAUAAAUAAACCUACCCGUCAGAAAAUGAGAGAGACUCAAGGUCUAGUUGAUGCUUUGGUGGGCUACCUACAGAAGUCUCUGGAGGAUGAAAGAGUCGAGGGCAAAGGAGUGGAAAAUGUUUUAUGUGUGCUAAGGAACCUGUCCUAUCAGCUGUAUGAUGAGAUCCCCAAAACUGCCCUGCAGCGCUUGGAGGGUCCUUCAAUGCAGUCUUCCUUACGGGGAGAGCCUAUUGGCUGUUUUACACCUCAGAGCAAGAAAGCUAAAGAUAGGCAGAACAAGGACCUGACUACAUUUAAUGAGGUGGCCCGGGUGCCAAAAGGAAUGGAGUGGCUGUGGCACCCACAGGUAGUAGGGUUGUAUCAUCAAGUCCUUAAGAAGUGUGAUACAAAUCCUCCCACACGAGAGGCUGCUGCAGGAGCUCUGCAGAACAUUACUGCAGGGGAGACAAGGUGGGCAUCCAUCCUGAGCCGUGUUGCCUUAGAACAGGAACACAUGUUACCGACGAUUGUGGAUCAUCUCAAAACAAACAGCGAUUCAGAACUGCGCACUCUUGCUGGCUUCCUCAGAAACCUGUCUCGUCAUGCCAAGGACAAGGGCCAAAUUGCUCCUAAGGUGGUGUCACACUUGGUAUCCAUACUGCCAACUGAAGGCAAUCAAAAGUUUCCUUCUCCUGAUGUGGUUGUCAAUAUCUGCGGUGCCCUUAACAACCUUGUGACCUGUAGCGAGGUGGCUGCACGGGACAUAGCCUAUUUUGAUGGACUGCCCAAGCUGGUGAACAUCAAGAAUUUCCGCGAUGCCAGCAGACAGAAUCAAUCCAAGGCAGCAGCUACAGUUCUCUCCAACAUGUACCAAUAUAAGAAACUACAAAAAGAGUACAAAAAGAAAGGAUUCCAGAAGGAGGACUUUACCGAUCCGACCUUCUAAAAUGAGACGACCUAUCCGGAUGUAGCUUUGGAUAUGUAAAUAGGUAGUGAUAAAGAGAACAGCCUGAAGCUGAAUAUUUCAGAUGGCUGGCUAUCUUCACCCAUGCUGCCCCAAUGCAUGGAAAUGAUGAUGCAUGCAAUUCAAUGACACAAGCUGACAGUGGAGUUGAAGAAUCUGAUUAUGAUACUGUACUUUAUUGAUGGACUGUGCACCUUAAUUCAAUUUCUAUAGGCCGAUUUAUUUUUUUAAGUUUCAGGGAAAUUUGGCCAUGGGUUUCACUGGCCACUCUCAGCAGCAUGCAAAACUCGUCUAACUUUUCUCAGAACAGGGAAACUGCCAAUAAUGGCAGGCUAGUGAAUUAAUGUACUUAAUAGAUAUGAAUAGUAAGAUUUUUUACACGUCCUAAAAUAUAUUCAGGUGUAAUGGUUGUGGAAUUUAUCAGACAGUAGCAAAAAUGUAGGCAGGAUGUAAAAUAGUUUACAGAGGGUAUACUUCAUACAUAUUUUAUACUGUAUACAGAAUGAAAGUGCAUUCCAUAUUUAUCUAUGAUGUUCUAUACUAUAUAUUCAAUAUCUGUUUAGCUCACAACAUUUACACAUUAUAUUCUGAAAUGCCAUACUGUUUUAUGAUUGGUGCUGUUUUAUUUUUAAUAUCUCAAAUUGAGCAAUAUGCACUGUGUUCUUAAACCAUACCUUAUGACCCUAUGAUUUACUAAGAUGAGUAAUGAUUUACAUAUACAAUAUAACAAAAAGCACAACAGUUGCAAUAUUGUGGCUAAUUCACAGCUAAUACAAAAUGACCAAAGAAGGUGGAGAAAAAAUGUACAUGCUAACUGUUUUCAGUAACUAUGUGGUGUGGGUAGGACAUUCAAAAAUGAAAUACUUUGACAUUAUUCUAGCCUUUAACAUUCAAUCAUGUUGAUGGUUUACAAAACAUCAUGUAGAAAGUCUUUAAGUCACUUGUAUGCAAGUCUUUUUGUAUACAUUUUGCAAUAUUGUUUAGCAGGUCGUGCUUAAUGUUGCAAAAAUGUGCAUCAGAUUAUUGUCUUGUCACAUAUCUGUUUUUGAAAUUAUUUAAGCUUUUAUAAAUCAGACUGUUUAAUUUAAUCUGCAUCAUUCUAAUUCUAAUGUCAUUAUUCUGAGAUUUUAGCUGUUAAUAUCUUCAUUCUGGUAUUUUGGAUAUUAAAACAUCUGAUCAAACCACAGCCUGUUAUUUGACCAUUUUCAUUUGUCACAAAGAACAGACUGUGACCAUUAGCUGCACCACCCACACUUUAUUGUGGUUGUAGUACAUUAUACAGCUAUCAUACAGGUGUACUAAUUGUCAUUUCUUUUUUCCCCACUGUGAAUUCAGUUUGCUUCAAAACUAUGCAAAUAUGCAAUUUGAGACACCGCUUAUGAAUAGGCUAACCUAGCAAUACAUUGUUCUUGUACCUGGUUACAGAAUGUAGACCCUUCUGUAUUUUAAUAGUGUUGUAUUAAACCUGACAUGGUGAAUAAUUUCAUGCGAAUGUCUGAAUGUAAAUUGUUGCUUUUUAUUUCAUUCAAACUUUAUCCAUACUGAUGUAUUCUGUACAUUUUUCUAAUUAGAAUUUAUUAUUUGACAUAAGUAAUAUGAAUAUUUCUGACUUUGUGGGCACAUUAUUAUGAAAGUAAUUCAUUUUAGAUUUUAGGCAGUGGCAUGUCAGAUAUUGUAAAAUUCUGUAGAAUUCUACAGCUACUAGAUGUCCAGAGCUUUUUCAAGACCAUGUUUUACUAUAGAACAUUUUUGUUUUGUAAGCGAAAUGUUUGCUUGGUGUAGGUGUGUAUUUAACUUGGUGUGUAUGAAAUCACGGUAUGUGUUUUUUUUUUUUACAUUUUUUUUUUCAAAUCUAAUUAUGUUCAUGUUUCUAUGAUUAUGGAUAUUUUUUAUAUUAGGAGAGUGACAAAGGUGUGUUUGUUUGCCAAAGUCUUUGUUCAGGUUAUCCUUUAUGAAUAACAUACACUGCCUUGUAUGCCUAAAUGUCUUAAGCAAUAGUAAAAACAAAAAAAAGCUAUUACUUCUGUGUCUGUUUCUUCUCACUGUAAAAAAUUAAAGUGUCAUGGAUUGCCAUGUUCAAAAAUAAAGGGAUGUUCUGAA